AUGAAGGUGGAGUUCAUUUUCUUUCUUUUCAUUUUUUGUGAAUUUACCCACGUUCUAGGUGAAUUCCAAUUCACCAACAUCAAAUGCAAUAGCCGGGAUGAGGAUUUUGUGAAGUUUGAAUACUGCUUUAUCAAAUCCGUGAAUCGUACCUAUAAGUAUAUGUCGUUAGGGGUUAAGUUACUGCAGACUCCCGUAACAAAUGCGAAGGUGAACUACGCUUUAUUGAAACGUGGCAAUGGAUACAAACCGUUUCUCUAUAACAUGUCUGUGGAUGCGUGCAGCUAUCUUAGAAGGCCAUUCAACCCGGUCAACCAAUACUUUUACGGCUUGUUUAAGGGCUACACCAAUAUCAAUCAUACAUGUCCCUAUGAUCAUGACCUUAUUGUAGAAAAACUGCCAAUGAAUCAUUUGGAUAACGAAUUGACCACCGUGCUACCCAUGCCGAAGGGAGACUAUGCAUUCAAUACUAUCUGGUAUGCCUAUGGCACAAUACGUGCUGAUGCAGUUUUCUACUUUACUUUAUCUUAA